AAUGUUGAGUUAACGUUUGACCAGGCUGGAUGGGGCAGUAGUGAUCACACUACAGUCGAAGGAGUGAAACGGGAACUCUUAAGCAAGAGUCUCAUCCCUGAAGCUCAUCAUGGCACAUCCCACAAUGCACCUGCUGCUGCUCAGCCUCCUCAUCGCCAACGCUGCUGGGAAAGGCCUGGAGAAGGGACCACUGGAGAACAAGGUUCUAGACGUACCAGAGGGGACACCUGUACCCUACGCCCUCUACCAGUUCCAAGCGUCCCACCUCGAGGUUGAUGGGUUCAGAUUGACAGGAGAGACUGAAGGAAAGAUCAGCAUCUCAGAGGACGGCUGGCUCUACCUGGAACAGACCCUGGACUGGGCCCACACACAGACACAUACUCUGGAGCUGGAGGCCUUAGUGGGUUCAGAACCAGUAGAAGGUCCAGUCAUCAUCACCAUCAACGUGUUGGAUGUCAACAACCACGCCCCGUCCUUCAACCAGACUGACUACAUCGGCAUCGUCAAGGAACGUACCCCCGCAGGUGUUCCAUUUGCGCGUGUGUUUGCUACUGACCUGGACGACCCAGAGUCUCCCAACGCCCAUCUGAGUUACACCCUGGUCUCCCAGAUCCCCAACAGAGACAACACCCUGUUCUUCCAGAUCAACAGCAACACAGGAGAGAUUUCUACUACUGCCGAGGGAGAGCGUCUGCUGAAGGCCAGAGAAAGUGUUAUUCAUUCCAGAGGAGGGGACUUCAGUGAUUCUCUGAAGAAGAGGUUUGAUGACUACUGCACCCCCACAGGGGACAUCCCUUAUGAACUCAACCCCUUCUACAGCUGUGUGCAGAGAGCAGAGUCUCGGAGGCUGAACCCUCUGGAAGACCCAGACUUCACUCUGAUUGUUCGUGUGGAGGACAUGGGCGGGGAGUCGGUGAACGCUCUCAACGGUAACGCGUGGGUUAAAAUUUUCGUGCAGGAGAACCUGUGGGUCAAUCCUGGACCGAUCAACCUCAGAGAACAGUUGAAAGGGAUAUACCCCAUGCCCAUCGGCAAGGUCCAGUCUAAUGAUCCCAGUGCCUUCUACAGGCUGGUACAGAAAGAACGGGAGCUGACAUUCCCCUUCAAUGUCACGGAGGAAGGAGACAUUCUGCUGACUGAGGAGCUGGACAGAGAGGACAAGGCCAUGUACAUCCUGGUGGUGUUUGCUGAGGAUAGCUAUGGUAACCAGGUAGAACCUCCCCUGGAAGUGCAGGUGGUGGUGGACGAUGUGAAUGAUAACGCUCCAAUCUGUGAGGAGGAACUCAGUGUGUUUGAAGUGCAGGAGAACGAACCCACAGGCAGCCCAGUCGGACAUCUGAUGGUGCAUGAUGCUGAUGAUGACAACACACCCAACGCACUGCUCUCCUAUUCGUUGGUGACCCAAACCCCUUCCUCCGUCUUUACCAUCGAUGGCAUCAGCGGCCGCAUCCAGGCCAAGCAGAUGCUCCAACGCAGAGAUGCAACAGAAUACCACCUCACUGUCAGAGUAAACGACCCAGGUUUCAGCACAGAAUGUAAGGUCCUCAUCAAGGUUAUCGACAUCAACAAUGAGCUGCCCAUCUUCGAGAUGAAUGACUAUGGUAGUCACAACCUGUCUGAAGACACAGCUCUAGGCCACACCCUCCUGACAGUGAAAGCCACAGACGCUGACGACCCUGGAACAGGAAGCUCCCGCAUCGAGUUCCACAUAACCGCUGGCAACGAAGAUGGAGUUUUCGCCAUGGAGACAGACGCCAAUGGGGAGGGCAGGCUUGUUGUUGCUAAGCCUCUGAACUAUGAGACUGCUUCCUCUUAUAAGCUACAGAUUGAUGCUCGUAACCCAGAGCCGCUGGUGAGCGGUCUCGAGUACGGCGCUGAGUCGUCCGCCGUGGUCUCGGUGGCGAUCAGUGACGUUGAUGAGGCUCCAGUGUUUGACAUGGACAUUCUGGAUGUCACGGUGCCAGAGGACACCAAGGAGGGAGCUACGCUGCUCAAAAUAGACGCCAAGGACCCAGAGGGAAAAGAGAUACUGUUCAAGAUGGAGGGAGACACUAAGGGUUGGUUGGAGAUUGAUCCUGCUACUGGAGAGAUAAAGAUAAAGAAUAAAGCUGUGCUGGACAGAGAGACGGUGGAGGCCUUCCACUUUACUGUUGUCGCCUUCGAGAAAGCCAAUCCAGAGCUGUCCUCAGAGCGCGAGGUGUCUGUGAGGCUGCUGGAUGUGAAUGACAAUGUCCCCAAGUUGACAGAGAACCAGGCCUUCAUCUGUGUGAAGAAGCCCCAGCCUAUAGUCCUGACGGCCCUGGACGCGGACGCAGACCCCUUCGGAGCACCUUUCACAUUCAGCCUGGCCCAGGGCAAGAAGUCCCCCAACUGGGACCUAAGCGCUGUGGACGGUACGUCUGCUAAACUGACCCUGAAGAAAUCUCCCAGCGAGGACAAAACCUUCCUAAUCCCCAUCAACAUCAAAGACAACGCUGGCAUGGGCAUCACACAGAAGUUUGAGGUGCGAGUGUGUAACUGCACAGAGUUGGGAUACUGUUUCACCGAGCCGGGCGUUCAUGCAGGGGUGUUAGGAAUGCCCACCACCAUCGGAAUCCUGGCUGGAACUGUCGGAUUCAUCGCCCUGGUCCUGAUCAUCGCUUUCCAUCGUAUAAAGAAGGACAACCAGAAGAAAGCCUUGCUGGGAGAAACGGACGCCAUUCUCUAGAAACAUAUGAGAUAGCAUGUGUUUGUUUAAUUGUUAUAUUUCUGAAGAACAGAUCUGCUUUGAUUGGUUGUAUGCAUGUUAUAAAUACUACCUGGUUUCGUCAUAAUCACGCGCUCAUGCAGCUCAAUAACUUAUUUCCCUUGUCAGUGAAUUUUGUCUGUAUUUAGAAUUUAGACUGUGCAUUCUCAGCUAGUGUGUCAUGACUGGCUGUGCACUGUGUGUGAUGGUUCAAACACUCCAUUUCAAGCUGCUUGCUGGAAUUGUGUAGACUGUUGCUCAGAGACUUUAGUUCACCGUUUGCCUCUGACUGUUGUUUGUGGUUGAAACUGUCUUUAUACUGAUACUCCAUUAUGUUUUUUUGAUGAGGCCUGAUAUUAGUGAAGAUGCUAGCUAGCCGAGGGUUAAAUUAGGACGGUUCCACCACUUUAGAAUGGGAGAAAGACUGCCUACAGUAAAGAGUAGAAAUGACCAUGGAAAAACAACCGAUGUUGGAGACAGUUCAAACACCUAAACAUCCCUCAGUUUAACCCUUAGUGUUAACUGUUUGACAAGCCCAGUGUAAAUGAGUGCCUGGUAAAUGUCUGAGUGUGUACCAAGGUUAUUAUAGUUUUGUGAUUUUCUAUUAAAUUUGAUUUCUAUUAGUUUUUCAAUUAAAAAAAUUAAUUCAGUUUAGUUUCCAUUCGGUUUUAGACUUGAUUUACUAGUUUUUAUUCUGUUUCAGUACGAUAAAAAACAUAUUUUUUUUUAUACUAUUCAGUUGUAGUUUCGGUUUCAGUUGUAGUUUCAGUUUCAGUUGUAGUUUCAGUUUCAGUUUUAGUUGUAGUUUCAGUUGUAUUUUUUGUGUGAAGGGACAGAAAGUAGCCUCAAGUGUCCUUAUGCUAGGGGCCAUGUAUGUGUUGUAGGACUAUAGCAGGGUUCUCCAGUACUAUUUGAGAUGGUCCGCUCACACACAUUUCCUAGGUGGCAAAAGUCCUGAUGGAUAUUUUCAUUUAUCGGCGUAUUCACAAACCCCCACAUCACAAUCCAUUCCACACCAAAAUGUUCAAACCGAUCACACCCUUCUUGUUGGUAGAGAGAAUCAUUUGUCGUUUUAAAACUCAUUGUCGGCUAUUCUACAUAUUAUCCACGUCUUAUACGUGUUCACAUGAUACCGGGAGUCGAAUCCUCAGCGAAUUACAAAAAUAAAACAAUAGCUAUC